AUGUACGCAGAACGAAGACCCACUUCCUUCGCCGCCGCAGGCCCCUCCCGCCGCAGAAUAUCAGCAGGUCCCUCCACAUCCUCCCGUCCCGCCGGUUUCACUCCCCAACCCCCGCCAGCUUCUGCACGAGGCGGACUCUCCUAUCCGGGAUCUCGUCAGGCUACUACUGCUACUGCUGCUACACCUCACUCAUUGGUUUCAACCGAUGUCCCCAAAACUGCUGGAAUCAGAGCGGUGGACGCAUCCCUCGGCGGCCUCAACGUGCGCAUCGCGAACCGGAUUAUUGUGACUACCACGCUGCAGAGAGCGCUGGCGGUGGAUGCGCUCAUUGCGGGGUUUGAUGUCUGCUUGCCGGCGAAUUUGUUGGCGACGUGUGUCGGCAAGAUUGUGUAUAUUUGGAGACUUGAUACGUUGACUAUUCAGCAGAAGUUCGGGAGAAACACAGGCAGUGUCCACCGAGAAAACAUCCGCGACUGUCGCUUCGACCCCAAAGGCGCCCUCCUCGUAACCGGCGCCGACGACAUGCGCGUCGUCAUCUGGAACGUCAAGACCAGCAAGGCUGAAAAGGUGAUUGAAGCACAUAAGGGCAUCAUCUACCAAGUCCGCUUCUCCGAGGACAGCAAACUGGUAUACUCCUGCGGGGACGAUGGACGGGUGCAGGUGUGGAACUGGCGCACGGGUACCCUCGUCCACACCUUCAUCCGCCACCCCACCUCUAUCCGCUGCCUGGACCUCACCCCCGCGCGCCUCAUCACCGGCCGCGCCGACGGGCACGCCUCCGCCUGGGACACCACCCACGAGGUCCUCAUCGACAGCAUCGCCCCGGAACCCCACUGGCCGGAGAAGGAGACACGCACCCCGGAGGACAUCGAUGAACGUGCGCGACAUACGGGCGCGAUCCUGGCGGUCAAGGCGAGCGCGAAUGGAAGGUUGUUGGCGACGGGCAGUGGGGAUUGGACGGCGAAGGUGUGGAAUGUGACGAGCUGGGGCAGGGACUGGGAGGGCGUGUGUGCGGAGAUCGAGGAAGGCAGGAAGCAAGAACAGAAGAUGGAUGACAUGAUCAGGCUUGAUGAGGACGACCCGAUGUUCCAGGCGCAGAUGCUCGCGGGUGAUAUGCACGGGUACAAGAUCGGUGAUGCACCCAUCACCCUCGGAUACCACGGCGACCUCCUCUUCACCUACCGCCACGACGGGCCAGUCCUCUCCGUAUGCUUCAACAACACUUCCAGCAUGUUGAUCACAGGCAGCACAGACGCAACCUGCCGCCUCUGGUCCACCCGCCGCGGCGACCUCCUGUUCCAGAUCAACGUGCCCGCACCCGUGACGGCGAUCCACGUGGGCGAGGGCGGGGACAUGUGUUGUGUGUGUCAGAAUCGGGUUCUGUUCUUUGAUAUCAAAACGAAUGCGAAGGAUGAGGAUCUACCUGAUUAUUGGCAACGCCGGUCGAUGGAACGCCUGAUUGAAGAAUCGCUUGACGACGAGACGCGGGCGGCGAUCCGGAGCGCGCGGGCUGAGGGUCACGCUGCUCAAGGGCAACCACCGGGGGUUGAAGGGCGGGUGAUGUCUGCGGAGGAUGCGGAGUUGGUUGAGGGGCUUGUGGAGGAGAUGAAGGAGGGGGUGGAGACCACGCGGGUCACGAUAGCGGAACUGCAUUCGUUGAUCAAGCAUGGACUUGUGGCGCCGAGUUUCUUGAAGACGCUCGUGGAGCAGUUCCCGAGCGUUGAUCCGGCUGUGCUGGAAAGUAAUAUGAAGCGGAAAGAAAUCCCCCCGCAAACCCUCCUCCGCCUCCUCCUCCGCACCCCCUACCACCCGCGCGACAUCUUCACCGCCCUCGCCAGCACCCACGCCGACGCACUAUUCGACAUGAUCCGGCAGGGGAAGCCGAUCGAUGAGGCGUUGGCGGGGAUGGGGUUCAAGAAGCUGGAUCAGAAGACGUUGACGGCGAGGGGCGGGCUUGGGGGUGGUGGUGGGAGGGGGCUCGGGGCCGGGACGGGAGGGGCAGAGGACGGGGGUGUUUAUUUGAACUUGAGGGAUUUCAGGCCGAGGAGGAGGGGGGCGUACCCACCGAGCGACCCGCGCCACGGCUACGCGCGCCCGGGCCAGAACAUGCCGUCGUACCUCGGCCCCGCGCGCGACAUCUACUCCGACGGGAUGCGGUACGAGAACGAGUACGACGAGGACGAGGAGGCGUAUCUGCUCGAGGAGGAGAUGCGGGCGGCACGCAUGGGGGCCGCGGGGGCGAUGCCGAGGGGGAAGGUGUUGCAUUUUAUUCCGAGCGAGCAGAUGAAGCUUUUGAGAGAUUUCCAGGCGAACAGGGACCUCAAACCGAUCUUUCUGCGUGACCUCGUGCUGGAUCUUAGCCCGGACGCGGGGUAUCCGAAUUUCACGACGGCGGAUGAGACGAGGGAUAAUCGGCCGAUGAUCGCGCAUCGGACUGUUGGCCAGUCUGGCAUCCGGUUUAAUGAUAUGUCAACCUUCGGCCGCAUGACACGCUCAAAACUGGCCCAGCGCGGUGGGUGGGGGCGGCAGCACGAUAUGCAUGAUUUCAACCUCCAAAACCUGCCCUUACCCCUCGACCUCCGACCCGGGCGCGCGGGCGGGUCCAGCUCGCGGACGCUGUUCCAGCCGUCGAGAUACGUCCGAGCCCGCGGGCUCAACAUCAGUUUCCAGCCGCGGCAGUACGGCGGGCAGCAGGGCGGGCAACGGUUGCGGGGACAUGUGUACGCGCAGCCGAUUGUGAUGCGGCAUGCAAGGGGACGGGAGGCAAGACCGCAGCAGUUUAUUGUAGGCAAAUCAAUUAGCAUGCGGGAGAGCAAUAUUGAUGAGGAGGGGGAGGAGAUGUGA